AUGGACCCUAUAAUAAACGAUUUAUUAGUGUUACAACUGAUAUACUCAUUACUUUUUAACAAAUAUAAAGAUGAAAUAUUGCCCCAUUCCAAUAAACAAAAUAGAGAUAAAUUCGAUCCAGAUAAUGACAAUUUUAUCAUAUCUAGUAUCAAACUAUCUCUAAUUAAAAUAACAGACGAGUUUCAAAAUAAUCUACUGAUUAAUGAAAUGGUUCAAUAUCAUAAUACCAAUAAUGAGAAUGAUCCUAAGAAAACUAUUAAAAAAUUAACAAUUAAUGAUAUAUUAAAUAUAGUAGAAAAUUUAUUCCCAAUAAAUCAAUUCAAUAUAACUUUAAUGAAUGGACAAUUGAAUUUCCAAAAUUUAAAACUAAAUCAACUGAGAUCAUUAAUAAUAGAAAAAUAUUUACUGUUCAGAACAAAUUCAAUUCAACACAUUAAAAGAUUAGAUGAUGAAAUAUCAAAUAGGUUAGGUUUCGCACCAUCAUCAGCACCAUCAUCUGUAUCUAAAUCCCCAUCGCCGCAACCUUUAACUCAAAAAAAUAUAGUAUCUACAUCCAAUAAUAACAUAAGCGUAUUAUCUACUUCCACAUCACCUAUACUGACUCCUGCUGUGCCCCUUUCAUCUUCUUCAUUAUCAUCAUCUACCACCACUACACACCCUACUAUUACUACCACUACUAUUAAUAAUAAUAAUAAGAAGAACGUAACUAAUACUAUAUCACCUGCCAUUGAUCCCAAGAGAGAAAAAUUAUUAAAUUUAUACAGAGAUACUGUAUUAAACAGGUUACAAAGUAAAAAUAAACUAUUAGAUGAAUUAUAUAUUAACUUGAUGCGAGAGAAAAAUUAUACCAAAAUUAUAAAUAAAAUCAUUGAAAUUGAAAUGAUUAAAAAUGAAACUCCCAAAAGUGUUCAUUUCUUACAAUUAAUCUUACAAAGAAGUAUAUCUGAUGGGAUUAUGAGUAGUUCCACUGGAACGAAAACAUGGGAGAUUGCAAGACAAGUUCAAUUCGAUUUCGAUGAUACUGUACAAUUCAUGCGAAGAGCUCUUGAAUAA